UUUUAUUUUUACUUUAUAAAGGGGAGGAAGACCACAAAAAUAUUUUUACAUCCGUGUAGGAAUUCUAUUUUUAAGUAUAUUAGAUACAGACAUCUGUCAUCUCUAGUAUCAUCCUUAGGACCAGAUUUAGUUGAGAUACGAAAGGGACAUAUUAGGAAGUAGUCGCACCUAUCUAAUAUAAGUAUCAUCCACUGGGACCAAGUUUAGCUAACAUGAAGUAAAAUGACAUGGUAGGCAAUGGCAUACCUGUGGGAAAUAUAAGGUUGGCGGAUAGUUGGAAGGCGAAUAUCCGGAUCCGGUAUCCGAACCAAAAAUUUCGCAUAUCCGGCCUUUCUUCGGAUCCGGAUUCACCACCCUUAGUGGGGAAUGCCAUGCUUGGAAACAUUUGCCAUACCAGAAUUUUGUCUUAAAAAUUGUG